AAGCCCGGAGUUUGUGGGAGAGGAGGAUUUGUCGAGAGGGAGGGCCGCGAUUCGUUGCUCUUCCUUCCUCCUCCUGCUCGCCUCCGGUGUGGGGGUGCGCUGCGGUGCGGUGGGCGGAGGGGAGGUCGAGGGAUCAGGAGGGCGAAUCGAGGGGGCGGGAGGAGCUAGGAGGAGAGGCGGCGGAAAUGGCGGCGUGGACCUCCGUGGGCCUGGUGGCGGUGGCCGUGCUGGUCGUCGGCAUCGCAAUGCCGGCCUCCGCCGCCGUGCAGCCGCCCGCGCCCGCGCCCUCCAGCGACGGCACGUCGAUUGACCAGGGUAUCGCAUACGUGCUGAUGCUGGUGGCCCUUGUGCUCACCUACCUCAUCCAUCCGCUGGACGCCUCCUCCCCAUACAGGCUCUUCUAAUCUAAUCAAUAAUUCGGGUUGCACCUGUAGAGGUAGCUAGCAGCUAUGCGAUGAUGAUGAUUUAGGUGUGUGUGGGUGUGUGGUGUUCUAUUUUUGUAUGCGCGUCAGAUGAUUAUGUAUGGACUUGUUUGGUGGUGGCAUGAUUCUGCCAUCAUGUGAGUGUUUGGCUAUUUAGUUCA